UUUUUAUUCGGUCGGGUUAUAAAGCGCUUUCUUCCGCCACGCGCAGCGCCAUUUUGUGAUUGUUCGCUGACUGAUGCAACUAAACAUUUAAAUUGCUUUACUUCAGUAUUUUUACUAUUUUCCUGUUGUAUUACCUUUGACGAAUAUCAAGUGACCUCAUUUAUAAUAUGUGAAACGAUGACAGUGAAUUUGAAUCAUGAUUUGUGACUUAACCUUCAAAUAUGAAGUGCAGAAAACAAAUUACAUUGUAAACUCCUGCAGCGCACUGGCUGCUAGACAUCUAAAUUGCUUAGCUACCAAUUGAUGUCUACCAAAUGAGUUUCAUCCUGCCUGGUUAAAUAAGGAAUAAGGACCUCAAUUUAGGCCCUCCAUACCUCCUAAAAAUACAUUCAAAUGAUGGUCAAAUUACUGUGAGUUUCUUGAACUACAAUAAACAUGUUGAGUCAAGAAAUGGAACCAGAGUUGGAUGAUGGUGAGGAUCACUGGGAACACCAGAACAUCCAAACACUGUUGAAUAUGUAUCUACAAAACAUUGACAAGUUUAGAAACCCUAAAAUUAGGAAAAAAAGUGUCUGGGUUGAUAUAUCUAAUGCCGUAGGCAAAGGGCCUGAUUGUUGCGAUAAGAAAUUCAGAAAUUUAAAACAAACCUACAUUAGAUUGCUUAAGAAGAAGAAUAGAAAUGGCACAGCCAACGUCAAAUGGCCUUACUUUGAAAUUUUUGAGGAAAUAUACAGUGAUAAUGGUGAAUACCAGCCAGAUAUACAACAGAAAAUAGAAGAGAGUGCGACAGAGCGGACCGUUGCUAAAGCUUUGUUGACAAUGAAUUCCGCUUCUAAAUUUGAACCGGAGAUACCAGAAAAUGGGGAAAGUUCAAGUGGGCAAACUGAAGAAAUGAAAAAGAGGUUGACUAGAAAACGGCAUGCGGAGUUCCGGAAGGUUACUCUAGAAAUGAGAGAUCGGCAGAGGCUGGUGGAGGAGAAGCUAGAUAGGCUAAUUUAUAUAGUGGAGGAAUCCAAUAACAUACAGAAAGAGAGGAACCGACUAUUUGAACAGUUUUUAGAGAGAGUUAACCAAACACAAUGAAUGUUUAUAUAAUAAUAUUAUGUGCAUAAUAUCAGUUU